UGGCAUCGGUUGGCAUGGCCGUGACGUUUGAGGGGUAUGACCUGGCGUCAGGCCGCUUGACGCUAUGCCACCGCGACGGCGAGGACUCGGCGCUGCUGACGCGGACGCUGCCCGACAUCCAGCACAUCGACCGGACGCUGCACCGCUUGCUCAAAGGAUCUGCCCAUGAGCGCCUCCCAAUGCGCCGCCUGAAGAAGCUCCUCGCAUCGUCCUGGUCGCUCAACGACGUCGCCGUUGGCAAGAAGCCCGAGCUCGCAAAAGCGCUCUCGGUCUGCAACAAGUGGCUUGCAACUCUUCUGAAGCAGCUACCUGCGAACGAGGCCCACGCGUUCUUGGACGAAGCUGCGUACGCCGAGCGCACGGCAGCCACGUCGGCGCGGCUGCUCGCCCAAAAGGCCGCGAAGGACCACGGGCAGUUCUUCUCGUCGGCGUCGUCGAUAGCCCAAGCCAUGGCGGGCCUCGAAGCGCUGUUUACGCCCACCGAGCUCUCGGCGAGCGUCUUCUUGGAGCCAUCGUGCGGCGACGGCCGCUUCUUCUCCUCCAUUCAGCGGGUCGGCGGCAAGGACGUUCGGGCGUUCGAGAUCGACCCUCUCGUGGCGGCCAGUGCCUCGCAGCAAGCAGCAUCGCUGGGCCUGGGCGACAUUGUAUCGGUCGGCGACUUUCUCCGUUCCGCGACCCAUCUCCCAGCGUCGGCCCGCGUCCUUGCCGUCGGAAACCCGCCGUUCUCGGCCAAAGACACGGACGCGGACGACGAUCUUGUGCUGGCGUUUCUGCGGCACUGCGCGCUCGAGUGGCGCGCCACCGCGAUCGCAUUCAUCUUGCCCGAGCGCUGCCACAAGCCUGCGUACAAUGCGCGCGUUCUUGAGGUGCUGGCAACCUCGGCGCCUUACCAGCUCGCGCACGCCAAGCCCUUGCCCGACAGCGCGUUCGACUUUGUCGGUGCCAAGCGGAUCCAAAAGCCAAGCGUCAUUCACAUCUACACUCGCUUGUCGUCUCUGAAUUCUCGGACCGAGCCAUGAUGCGAUCGUCAUGGCCACAUUUCUCUUCCAACGGCAG